GGCCGUUCGCAUCCGGCAACCAUCAGCCCUAGAAGUGUGUGACGUGUAAAAUUUCCACGCCAACAAAGCUGAUCCGAUUCAUGCCACCCGUGGAAUAUCUGCAACAUUCGGUGGGAACAUUUAUGAAAAGGAUUUCUCCUACGAUCAACGAUUCCGGUCUUGCGCUUUGGUCGAUGACACACGGGCACUCACGGUAGCCCCACCACGCGACCCCCCUCUCCUCACCCCUCACCCCUCACCGUUGCCAUGGAGAGCAUCGACAUGUCGGACCCGCAGACGCUCACGGUGGUAAUGAGCGCUGGCGCGAUCGUCGUCACGGCCGUGCUCGUCUACGCGUUCUCCGUCUUUGGAUUCCGCCAGAAGACCUACGAGGAGGCGCUGGAGGAGCAGCGUCGCCGCGACGAGCUGCUGGUCGCCGCCGGCAACCGUGCCCCGCAGCAGCCGCCCUCGAAGGCGGCGAAGACGGCAAAGAAGAAGCAGCAGCGCAAGAAGGAGAAGGCGGCGGCUGCUCCUCCUCCAGCUGAGAAGGAGAAGGGCAUCGCCGCGGCGACGCUUGGGGAGCAUGCGGGAGAGCACGUGGAUUUUAAGACGACUCCGGAGAUCAUCGAUGAGGAGGAAGCAAAACCUGAGGCUGCAAAGCAGCGGAAGAGGAAGGGAGGGGAGAAGCCGCGGCCGAUCCUCGUCAACAAGGAAGCCAAGGUUCACCUCACCCGUCCGGAAGACCGGCCGCGCAGUAACUCGUUCGUGGAGAUCUCGCCACGCGAUGAGAUUGAGCUGAAGCACCUGCAGGACGAGCGCCGCCGCAGCCGCACGCCGUCCGAGACAAUGCCAAGCGAGGACGAGAUGGUCACCGCCGCCCCCGCCCCUGCCGCUGCCGAGUCCAAUACGAGCAAGGGAAAAAAGCAGAAGGACAACGAAGCCUCGAAGCAGACGGCUGACUCCAAGGUCAAAUUUGUUGAUAUGAAAGUCGUUGGACAGAAGGUGGAGGAGAUCAGGGUCAUACAGGCUGCAGAGGAGGAGGAGGUUGUCAAGAAGGUUGAGAGCAAGAAGGAGGAGGCUCCGAAGGAGGAGAGGACAUCGCCCACGAAGAGACAGAGGAAGCCGAGAGAAGAGGAGAUACCAGGUGGCGCCAAGGUGAUGGAGGUGAUGAAGAUGGCAACGCUGACUGACACAGAAAUCCAGGUUCUUAUCGAAAUUCUGCUCAACAAGCAGCAGUCCGGAGACCAGUGGACGAAGAAGAGCCAGAAGACUGAUCCGAUAUCGCUGCUGAAGAAGCAGGUUGAGGAGAAGGAUGCUAAUCUCAUCGAAUCGCAGCAACAGCUGCAGUGCUUCACGAACAAGUGCAAGGAGAUAAG